AUGAUUUGUGGUUUCGAACCAACGCCAGAAAGUUACACUCCCAACCUUAAAUCCCUUCUUAGUAUCCCAACGUUUCCAUUGAAGCCGUGCAAGCCGGAGAGCUUUCGCCAAUCCAUCCUCAAUUUGAUUCGUUUUGGAGAACAAAAUAUUGGCAUCAAAGUUUCCCUAAAUUACAUCUGCGAAACCUUUCAUUUCCAGAAAAGAAGGCUUUACGAUGUCAUUAACGUUUUUGAUAUCGUAGGAAUUUGCGUCAAAUUAAAUCUCGAAACUAUUGAAUGGUGCGGGCUUAAAAAUGUCAUUCAUAAGUUUGAGAGCUUAAGAAAGCGCUAUAACAUAUGCGAGAACCAAAUUCCCCAAGAUACCAUAAUUUCGGAUGAUUGCAUUUCCAUCACGCAGCUGACACUCUCCUUUAUCAAAUGUAUCCUCUCACUGAAAGUUCCAUGCUUUGACAUUAGACAGAUAGGCAUGUUUUUGUCAAGAUCGAACAAUAGGUUCAAAACGACACUAUGCAAACUUUACCAGAUUUCUCAUAUCUUAGAAAGUGCUGGAAUCAUAGAGAAAACUCCUUUGCCCGGAGAAUUAAUGCUUUCAAAGCAUUUCCUAGCCCGACCAAAAGUCGAAAUUCUCUCAGUUACAGAGCUACUAAAUCAUCGUGACGCACCAAAAUGCAUAUUCCAGCCAAUAUCUACACUUAUUCCACAGCUUGCUUAA